CGCCGCCCAGAAGGUUCCGGCUCACGCCCGCGCCGCCACCGCCACCGCCACCCGUAUAUAAAGGCGAGGGCGGCGCCGCCGCGGUAGCUUAGCUAUCAGCCGCCGGCAGACAGCCAGACACCCGCCAUGAGUGCCGCGCCCUCGGGAACGAAACCGUCAGAUGGACCGGCGUACGAGGUGCUACGAAACGAGAAGGUUGGGAGGUACGCCGUGGCGACGCGCGACCUGGAGCCGGGCGCCGAGGUGCUGACGGAGCUGCCGGUGGCGGUGGGGCCCAAGGUGGACAGCAUGCUGUGCUGCCUGGCCUGCUACGCCUACAACGACGGCUCGACGCUGUGCUCGCGCUGCGGCUGGCCGGUCUGCGGGCCGGACUGCGAGGCGGCGGCCGCCCACGCGCAGGCGGAGUGCGCCGAGUUCUCGCGCACCGGCGUGCGCCUCGCGCCCGUCGAGGACCCCGCCGACAGCUGCCCGCAGCUCGAGUGCAUCCUGCCGCUGCGCGCGCUGCUCGCCAAGGAGCGAGACCCGGCGCGCUGGCAGCGGGAGGUGGCGCCCAUGCAGGCGCACGACGACCGCCGCCGCGACACGCCCGGCUGGCACUCCAACCAGGUCAACGUCGUCUCCUUCCUGCGGGACCGCUGCGGGCUCGCCGACAGGUUCGACGAGGAGCUGGUGCACACGGUGUGCGGCAUUCUGGAGGUGAACUGCUUCGAGGUGCGCUGCGAGAACGGCGCCCUGGUGCGCGGCCUCUACCCGCAGACGGCCAUCCUGUCCCACAACUGCAUCGCCAACACCGGACACACCAUCGCCACGCGCUCCGAGACUGGCGAGCAGCACAGGCUGAAGCUGCACGUGACGGUGCGCGUGCCGGCGGGCGGCGAGCUGUUCACGUCGUACACGCACUCGCUGGACCCCACGAUGGUGCGGCGUGAGAUGCUGUCGCGCGGCAAGUUCUUCGAGUGCUGCUGCGAGCGCUGCAAGGACCCCACCGAGCUGGGCACCAACCUCAGCACGCUCAAGUGCAGCAAGUGCGACAACGGCGUGCUGCUCUCCGCCGAUCCUCUCGAGCCGAGCGCGCAGUGGCGCUGCACGCGCUGCGAGUUCUGCACUCGCGGCGAGGCGGUGCGGCGCGUGCUGCAGCUGAUCUCGAACGAGCUGCAGAUGGUGGAGGCGGGCGACAGCGUGGAGGCGCGCGAGACGCUGUUCCGCAAGUACCGCAGCGUGCUGCACCCGCGCCACGCCUACAUGUCGCAGAUGCGCCACUCGCUGUGCCAGCUGUACGGCCGCGUCGACGACUACCUGCUCGACGACCUGCCCGACGUGCUGCUCGAGCGCAAGGUCGACCUCUGCCGCGACCUGCUGGCCGUCGCUGACGUCGUCGAGCCUGGCCUCUCGCGCCUCAGAGGCGUGGUGCUGUACGAGCUGCACGCGCCGCUGAUGUACCUGGCGCGGCACAAGGAGGAGUUCGGCGAGAUCGACUCUAAGGAGAUGUGCCGGCGCAUGGAGGAGGCGGCGGCGUGCCUGUCGGAGGCGGCGGCCAUCCUGGCCCUGGAGGACGCGUCCACCAACGAGGCGGCCAUGGGCCGCGCCGCCGCCGCCGGCCUGCUGCAGCUGCGCGCCUCGCUCGACCACAUGCGCCAGCAGCACGCGCAGAGCCAGUAGCCCAGCUCCUGUCCCCAACCACUGCGGGUCUGUGUCUGCUGAUCACAGUGCUCGCCAAAUGACUGGACCACGAUAAGAAUGGGAUUUUUACUGGUUCUAGCGAGGACACUACAAUUGUUCUGUGCACUUCCUUUACACCGAACGCCAUAUGUUUACGUAAUAGUCUAGUUGCAUUCACAGGUGUUAUAAUACUCCCUACCAGUGGCCUUGAUGGCAGCGGUGAAUCGCAGUUUAUCUCUGACAGUCUCUUCUUCGGAACUAUUCCCACCUAUACCAGUUCAUCGCACGGUGGCAUCUGUGUUCCUAGAAUUCGCAUCCUUUUACUUCUGUGGUCCGAUGUUUCUCUCGUCGUCAUGAAAAGCCGUCAUCAACCCGAAGGUUAGAUUGAGUCGUGAGUGCUCUACUAGGCGUCGUCCUGACUUCGCAACUUUCGAACUUAAUUAUCCAGCCAGUUACAGGAGGACUUACACUUUGAGGUGGCCCAGAACCACAGUGCAGCUUCCCAUUUCUGACGUCAGCUAAUGAUCGUCAGAAGUGGGAAAAACGAUAAGUCCUACAACCUAUUGGCGAUCUGUAGUGCGGCUAUUACUCACUUAGCGAGCCACCUUGCUCCAUGACGUAGCUUAAGCCUGAAAUAGGAAAUAAGUCUUUUACACCACUGUUUGUGUUUGCUGUAACAUUUUUUUCUGUGUCUCCGUCCUGUGGUUCUGAGGUAGCCAGCCUAGUAUUUACCUAGAAAGGCGUGAGAAGAAAUAAGAAACGAUAGUCGGGGCGAUCAUUACACCAAACUAACGGUGUUCAUCGGCUCUCCGUUUGUUUUUACGUCUGCCUCAUUUCCCUACUUCACAACAUUGCGCGCUAUUCAUUAUCCUAAGUUAAUACGUUUCAGUAUUGCCGAACAACUAUGUCAUGUAAAUAGUGUCUUCCACGAGGCCCAAGAGAGGACAUUUGGUCGCUCUCCCAAUAGCGUCAAAUCGUGCUUCCGACUGGAUUUCGGCUAUUUUGCAAAACCUCAAGUCGUGAGGACUCUAUACGUGUGACGAGCAAAAAGGGCAAUUCAAUCCACCGUCUGCAACUAUACUACGCGAGCCAACUUGCGGCGUGUGGCGGAGGGUACAGCUGCUACCACCCACAUACCCUGUUCCAUUCACAAAAGGUGCAAGGGUACGUCGACCCUCGGCGCAUGAGCUCUAAUUUCUGUUUUUCUUCGACGUGGUCGUUUCGCGAGAUGUGUAUGGCAGGGAGUAAAAUGGUGCCUGAGUGUUCUUGGAACGUGUGCUCUCGGAAUUUUAACAGUAAAUUGCUCCGUGACUCACAGUGCUUCUCUUGUGGCGUCUGCCACCGGAGUUCUGUGAGCACCUCCGUAAAGCCGUCGGCACGCGGACCGUGCAUCCGAACGUAGAGCGUUGAGCGUGCCGAGUUUCUGACGGCACAGCGUGGAAUAGCACGUUCGGGAGUCUUUCCGUUUCUGAGCACCAGCAAAUUGAGAAUCACUGGAAAACCCGUUGUUAACUGUGUGAUGCGUUCGAAUAAAAUAAUGAGAAACAUCAUAUUCGUGGCAAAAGAACUAUUGUAACUUGUGUAUUAUGAGAGUAGGCUAUUUGAAGGCAGCGACACACUGAAAAUCCACCCAAAACGUCUUGGUGCAAUUUGUUAUAAUUAAAUUUCAAUUAGUAACAUAUCUAAGAUUUUCAGCAAGGCGUAUCAUGACAUAAUUAGAUGCUUAGGUUGUGAUGUUGGUUUAGCGUAAUGAGUAGAGCCACUGAGUACUGGAGACUUUUAUGGUGGGGCAGUGGUUCGCGUAUUGACUCUUCUAAAUUUUUUUUCCCAACAUUCGCGUUUUUAUUAGGUUCUGAUACUUUAUUAUUAGCUUAAUAUAAGCAUAAACUAUAAUGUUUGAUGUUAUGUAAAUAUAAGUUCACCUUUUUUUAGGAUUGGAUUGGCUUAAGCUACAGGACAGCUUGUGCUACUUGUAUAAAGAUAUUUUGCUCCUUUUUCUUUUACGCCUCGUAAUUCACAUGUUGCAAAGAUUCUGCUGCUGCGUAGGAAUAGUGAUCAAGUAAGACUGACCUUGGCGUUUUACUAAAAUGUGGGAAUGAUGAAAUAAUGUUUAUCUUACGCGGAGAAGUAUUCCAAAUUUGUAAUGCACUGUUUGUAAUGGAACUUUUAUAAGUCUGUGUCCUUAUUAAUUGGACAUGUUACUUUCCUUUUCGUGGACGAUGGAGGAAAUGUGCGUUUUAAUAGAGCUAGCGUGGGAAUUUUAAGCGCGCCCGUUAAGUAAACAGUGUGAUUACGAACUAGAAGCAUCCCCUAACUACCGCUGGAGUGCGUUGCGAUCGCGUAUACCCUGUUGGGGCCCACGUACCGUAUGCACAAGUAGCAUCGUUUCUGAGCGUUCAGCAGCACGUUGAACUUGGCACGCUCAACGUUAACGUUCGACAGCACGGUCCGUGUGCCGACGGCUUAAGGCUCUCGCGCUUUCUGAAUGAACGUGUGGCGGAACGUGCCACUCUUCUUUGGAAUUUCUCCAUUAAUCCUACGUCAUAACAGUCGCUGAAUGAUGUGCAAUAUUCAAGAAUCUUUCGAACGAGUUUGUAAUCAAACGGUAAUGUAUCUCUCCAUAAGUGCAAUACAUUACUCUCAAGGUCAGCUAUCAAGCAAUGCACCAAUCAUAGGUGUACUUCCGAUCCUCCUGCAAUUCGCUACUCUCUUCUGGCGUUACAACCUUCCCACUGUCAACAACAUCGUCAGCAAACUGCCUUACGGCGCUUUCAGCACCAUACAUUAAAUGCAUACGUAUAUAACAUACCAUCUGUUUACCCCCUCUAAGAUACUUAACAGCUACCGGUUUCGUCCCUGAACGAAUCUCGCGUAGCAAUCCUGUUAUUUGUUAGCAGGUGGAACAUGUAGCUAUUAGCCGAUCGAUGAACGGAGCGUGUAGAAUUAUGUGCUACUGACUGUAUUCAUGAAAAGCGAUAAAUAAUUACACUGAGAUGCAUAUCGCGCUGUGUGUUCUUACAGCCGGCGCGAUGGUGAGGACUAUGUGGCGACGCAUAAUCUUCCCGUCAAGAAUGGACGCUACGAGAUAUUUCAAAGAAGGCAGCUCAUUUACGGAUCCACCGUUCAUCCUCCAACAGAUUUCUCAUACUGCUUAAAAUCUGUUGGUGAAUGUCACUGAAGUACUUUUGUUUACUUACGGAGUCUGACACGACCGUAUUUCAUCAGCCACACUUGCGCCAGCGAUUUAAACUAUUUUCAUUCAAUCAUGACGCCAUAUUAUAGAUAAUCGAAAUGCAACGAACAAUAAGCUUUAAGAAAUUAUUAAUGUAUAGUUUUGUGGAUAGCGUAAGAAACUGGAUGAGUCUAGGGUGCUGAAUGAUCACCGCACGUACAUGUUUAAGGUUUUCACGGGUAUAAAUUGAUAAAAGUCUUCCCGAAAUUACAGGCGCACCCAUACAAUGACGAAAUAUUGAGGAACAAUCUUGUAGCUAUCUCCGUCACCUUCCUUGUACUCUCUGAGCUUUUUCUCCUUUCCCAAUUAGCUCCUCCUCCCUUCUUCGUUGCCUCCUUGCGAUGAAGAGAAGACAGAUGCUCAGCACUGAAUUUCUAGCAAUAUAUGUAACAUCAAGGUUAUGAAGCACACAUAUGCAUUAGUUAUUAUAGGCAGAGAUAACGAGUGCCAACUGAGGCUUUACUGCAAUGUUUUCUCCACGAUCUGCAGAAGUCGUCAAGACUUCACAGAUAUGUCGCGACAUUUUGUCGAGCGUACUUGGCAGCAGUCCAGAUAAAGGCAAGCUCUUCUUUAAUACUGCAGUUUUAUAUUUACAUCUUGAGGUAGCCCGACGAGACAUUUUAUAACAGCACAUCCCUUUGUAGUGGCGCCAAAUCGACAAAAUGCACUAGCUGAUGUCUAGUAUCGUGCAGAAACCUUCCAGAAACGAUGUCAAAAGAGACUUUCAUGUUCAGUAAGUUAAAGCUCAGCUAGCCUCACAGUAGACGAAGUGCACCUGCCGAUGCUUGUCUCAGAAUUUCGACUCCCUUUGAGCGUCGACUAGCGUUGAGUGCAAUGCAGAUCUCGCACAGCGAGUCACUAAACAUGUCAGGAGUGGCUCAUUUAGCUAAGACUGGUGUCGCAGUUUGAAACACUCGUUUAAAAGCAUUCAGACUUCUUUGGAAAAUAUCUCUGAUACUGGGAUAAUCAUUACCGCAUUCGCAUUUAGGUAAUGCUGUCUACGGCACAGUCAGCCAGUCCUCUGUGAUCAGUUUAGUUAAGAUUGCUCUCAGUUGAGAAAUAUUCGAUGUUCAAUGCAAGCCCACAGUAGGAACUGAGUGUUGUUCCUUGCAUUAUUGACUCGAAAUAAUUAUCGUCAAUGUUCUGCAACUCUGUAGUUCUCAUGCUGUAAUCCGUUAGUUUUGCACGGUAACAGAAAAUAUCUGUUAAUAUAGAUGACGGUAUUAGAUCACUAUGAAUGCCUUUUCAUUGUGGAACUUCGUGCAGUCUUCCUCGCUACCCACUCUAAGCAUAAUGUGAUGACUAAAAAAGACAAGUAGCUUGUAGUAGUAAGACAAAGAACGCUCUGAUGUAACUGUAAUGAGAUUGUUGUUUCGAGUAUUCCUCGAAUUGUUCACAGAUUUUCUAAUUUUAGUUUGUAACAAGUGGUUUCACAUUUAUUUUACUUUUUUAUUUUAUAUUAAUUAUUUUCGUUACUUAUUUAU